ACUUUAUAUAAAGGACCAAUAAAAAAUCAACAUUACUUGCUAAUUACAGUACAUAACAUACCAACAACAUGAGGUUCAUUUUCUUCUUCCUCAUUUCUGUUGCAGCAAUAGCUGCAAAAGCAUCACAUAUAGACUCUAUUCCCAACCAAAUCCACCCACUGAGGCCGAAAACCGGGUCCGGGGGCCGCCACCUGGCACAAAUCAACUGCGUGAGCUGGCGUCUGGCGGUUGAGACCAAUAAUUUUCAUGAUUGGAAAUUAGUGCCCCUUCAGUGCGAAGGCUACGUGGGGCACUACAUGCUUGGCAAGCAAUACCGCGACGACUGCUAUAACGUAGUCGUCGCGGCUAUUCAAUACGCCAAGACCCUGAAAAUUGCCAAAGAUGGCAAGGAUGUUUGGGUCUUUGAUAUUGAUGAAACCACUCUCUCUAACCUACCUUAUUAUGCUCGUUCUGAUGUUGCCUUUGGGGCAAUAAAAUUCAAUGGGACGAAAUUUGACGAGUGGACGAGAGAAGGAAAAGCACCAGCAGUACCAGGUGCUCUAUUCCUGUAUAGAACUUUAUUGGCUAUGGGUAUUAAACCAGUAUUUAUUACUGGAACAAAGGAAGAAUUCAGACAAAUAAGGAUUGCCAAUUUAAAGAAAGUUGGCUACCAUUCAUGGAUUAAGCUCAUCUUAAAGGGUGCAAAUGAUACGGGAUCAUCAGUAACAUACAAGUCAGGGAAAAGGGCGGAGUUGGUGAAAGCUGGAUACAGAAUUGUUGGCAACAUAGGAGACCAGUGGAGUGAUCUGCUUGGUGACUUUGUUGGUUUGCGCACUUUCAAAUUGCCGGAUCCAAUGUACUACAUUAGUUGAAACUUGAAACUAACCACCCACUUCAAAUUUGGGCCGGGUCUCUCUUUCAAAAUGUCAUGAUAUUUGUUUGGUUUUGAUUUUUGAAAAAUGUUCCUCUCUACACUCCUAUCUCUAUUUAUUUUGAGCUUUUUUUUUCUGUGAUCAAAAGGGUGUUGAAAUGAGAAGGUGCAGUUAAUUCAUAUCAAUUGUGCUUAGUAA